AUGAAGCUCACCUCGCUACUCCCCUUCGCAUUCCUCUUCGGUCCAAUCCGAGCUUCAUCAUCAACAACCGUUAUCCCUUCCACGCCCGUUCCCGAGCUUUCCGAAGUAACCUGGCGCUCCGGCGCAGCGGGCUUCGACGCCCCCAAAGUCUCCCCCGUCAACGCCACAACGUGGGACUGGUGGUAUUUCGACGCAGUCCAGUCGCCUGCCCCAAACGGAGAGCGCGCCUCGGUUGUGGUCACGUUCUACACGGCCCUCCCGACAGGCUUCGACCUCCUCGGCCCCUUUGCAUCCGCCGGGUACACCAGCCUGACUCUGGUCGGAACCGAAGUGACCUGGCCGAACGGAACGACAGAGACGUUCCUCAUCAACGCGACCGAGGCGACGGUUACGGUAUUGGGUAAUGGGGCUUCCGGAGUUUGGGAAGCGCCGGUUGGUACGGCGUCGUUUGAUGGGACGCCGGAUAUGUCGAGUUAUCGUGUCGACUUGCACUCGCCCUUUGUCUCGGGGUCAAUCACGCUCCGAUCGAAUGCCCCGGCUCACUACCCAUGCGGUCCACCCGUGGCUGGCCAGAACCUGCAGAUCGCGCCGCACAUCGGCUGGGCGAAUGCGAUGCCCGGUGCCGAGGCCGAUAUCCAACUUAACGUCCAUGGAGAGGAACUCUCAUUCACCGGCCUUGGUUACCACGACAAGAACUGGGGUGACCAGAACUUCGCCUCUAGCGUUGGGGCAUGGUACUGGGGUCACGGCCGGCUAGGCGACUACACCGUCGUCUGGUUCGACUUCUUGACGCCACAGAUGGACAACUACGUCUCUGCGUACGUAUCACGGGGCAACACAGUCAUUGCCGCUCAAUGCUCGGGCAUCAAUGUCCGACCGUAUGGUGACAACUCGGCGUACCCGCCCCUCCUCACCACGGGUCUUCCGACCGGGUUCAACAUUACAGUUACCCUUCCGCUCGACGGACGAGUCUUGUCGUUCACUGCGACGGGCGAGCAUUUUAUCUCUGGGGGCCCGGGCCGCCACAUCUACACGCGGUGGUCAGGCUCACUGGAGGGGAAUAUUGACGGGGAGGAUCUCACCGGGGAGGCGAUCUUCGAGCAGUUUAAGCUGUUUAACCAGACCGAUUGA